AUAUGCACGUUUUGGCGCGUAGAAAAUGUACUCUAUUUUUCCUGAAUUUAACGACGAGAUACAGCUGAAUACUUUUGAUAGGUUGACAUGCAGCGAGACAACAUGACACGAUUUAAUUAGUUUACCAGUCGGAUUGGCGUAGCCAGAGGGAUAUUUUAGCUGAGCAGUCCAUGGAAAUGCCGCCUACGGAAAUAGUUUAUCCCAAAACGUCUCUGACUAUGUCGAUUCAGCAAAUGAUCAAAAGAUACCCCAGCCCUGGACGUAAGGAUGAUGUGCCCACUUUGUUUCAUGAGCCCAAUGUAGAGACAGGGUUUCGAGCCACCAACCAACCCGUGCAAUACUACCUGCUGAGUCUUUUCCAGCCACACAACGAAUGCAUGAACGCCUGGACCCAUUUGAUUGGCUGUUUUAUCGCCAUGUAUUGCAUUCACACCAUUUCCCAUGAGUUUAAUGCCUACAACGACCCCUGGAUGUAUCCCAUGCUUGCAGGAUCCAUCACAAUGUUUGCAAUGUAUUUAUGCAGUUUUGCUGCCCACACCUUUCAUAACAAGUCUGAACUCUGGCAUUACACCUGUUUCUUCAUUGACUAUGCAGGCAUCGGCCUGUUUGGUCUUGGAAGCACGAUUAUUCACUUCUUUUACUGUUCCCACCCGAUAUUAGCUGGAAGCUACCUCUACAAACUUGCAAUCCCUGUCGGCUUUAUCCUUUGUAUCAAUGUCUGCGUGUGUUGCAGUAUAUCAAAAGCCAUGUAUAGUCGGCCGUAUCCCUUCACACGGAAACUCUGGCAGUUAACGUCCGUUCUGGGCAUUUAUGUGUGGCUGAUAAUUCCAAUUAUACAUAGGAUGUACAUCUACUACAGCAGCCUAAGAGAUGAAGGCAAUUGGGACCAGAGUUUUGAUGACCAUCUACUGCAGAUCAUUUUGUUUGUCAUCUCAGGGUUUUUCUUCGCAUCUGAUAUUCCUCAGCGCCUGUUUCCCGGAAAGUUUGACAUCUUUUUCCACAGCCAUCAGAUAUUCCAUGUUUUCAUCAUGCUGAUGAAUGUGAAGCAGAUAGACGGAAUGAGCGAGGAUAUUCGCCUGCAUCUGCCCAGAAUCAAAACCAUGGAGGACGUACCAACUGUAUGGAACACCUUUGGAGCUGUGCUUCUCGCCGGUGUUAUUAAUCUCUUGGUCGUUUUUAUGUUCCAUCAGGUUGCCAAAAGGAGAAUGGAAAAGGAGAAAAUGAUGCAGGAUAAGUGAAUGGCAUAAUUUAUUAUUAUUGUUGUUUUUUGUUGUUUAGCUUUAAAGUAUUUACUGUUAAAGGUUUUUAGACCACCUGAGCACAUUGUGCUCAUUGUGAGCUUUUAUGUUUGUCUUUUGUCCAUUGUUUGUCAUCAACAUUGGUCUUGUUUACGCUAAAAAGGCCACAUUUAUUGUGUGAUCUAAAGGACACUUGCUCAGAAGAUUUGUCCUAAUUUGCUCUUGACAUGGUUUGAAACUGGUUCACAAGAGGUAAAAAUCUAGGUCAUUAGUUGAAAAUAAAGAAAAAGCUUGUUAACACUCAAGCAUGAAAACAUACCCACAUUUCUUAUGAAUUACUCAAAUGAAAUAUUUCCAUUACUUCAGAUUAUAAUAUUUGUUUUUCCAUAUAAUCAAAUUCAUGUAGUGUAAAACACAGCAACAAUAAAUGUUUUUUAUCCCUCUUCAAAGGCGGGGGUCGUCCAUCCAUCAGUCUUUCAGUCUGUGUGUCACAAAAAAGGGCUUCAUCUCAGAAACAAUAUAAGAUGUCAGCGUGAAACGUCAUGGGUGUAUUGAUAUUAAUGAGGAGAAUUAAAAUGCUUAAGAACCAUAACCCUUCACUUUCUCAAAUAAGAGUUGUUGCCUCUUUGCAGGAGAGAAAGCACCUUAUUGGGAACCGGUUUGUUCAAGUAGAAUUGUUCCCAUAAAUGAAUCUAAAGUUUAAAUAUGUAAAUAUAGGUUCUGUGUCAUAAACAUUAUCAAUUUACUAAAUUUAGUCAUGAUAAUAUACACUAUUUGUAUUUUGUAUAGUAUUUUUAUUCUUCUGAACUCCAUUUGUUCAUAUCAGUGUCAUUCCUUUGGGUCUCAAGUUAGCACCUAAGGGCUCAUGGCAAACUUGUAGGUUUUACACUGGAGUUUCAAUCAGUUUAAAGUAAAAUCACGAAAUUUGUUUCAUUCAAUACAUUUUUGCAAACUUAUGAAUUUUUGGUGUUAUUUCAUCUAUAGAUCUUACCUUUAAAUGUUUAUAAUACCAGUAAUUGUAAUCACUUAAAAAUUUAAGUUUGAGAAUCAAUGUUGGAGAGGGGCUUUCUUUGAAUUGAUUUUUUCACCAUUUUGGCAAUAUAGCCUUCAACAUUAGAAUGAUCAUGACUCGCAGUUGAUUUUGAGGUCACUAGGUCAAAGGUCAAGGUGAACCGAAAUAGUAAAAUGGUUUCCGGAUGAUAACUCAAGAGCGCUUAUGCCUAGGAUCAUGAAACUUCAUAGGUACAUUGAUGACUGGCAGAUGACCCUUAUUGAUUUUCAGGUCACUCAGUCAAAGGUCAAGGUCACGGUGACCCGAAAUAGUAAAAUGGUUUCUGGAUGAUAACUCAAGAACGCUUAUGCCUAGGAUCAUGAAACUUCAUAGGUACAUUGAUCAUGACUCGCAGAUGACCCCUAUUGAUUUUCAGGUCACUCGGGUCAAAGGUCACGGUGACCUGAAAUAGUAAAAUGGUUUUCGGAUGAUAACUCAAGAACGCUUAUGCAUAGGAUCAUGAAACUUCAUAGGUACAUUGACCAUGACUCGCAGAUGACCCCUUAUGAUUUUCAGGUCACUAGGUCAAAGGUCACGGUGACUCAACUUAGAAAAAUUGUUUCGAGAUGAUAAUUCAAGAACGCUUACGCCUAGGAUCAUGAAACUUCAUAGGUACAUUGAUCAUGACUCGCAGAUGACCCCUAUUGAUUUUCAGGUCACUAGGUCAAAGGUCACGGUGACCUGAAAUAGUAAAAUGGUUUUCGGAUGAUAACUCAAGAACGCUUAUGCAUAGGAUCAUGAAACUUCAUAGGUACAUUGACCAUGACUCGCAGAUGACCCCUAAUGAUUUUCAGGUCACUAGGUCAAAGGUCACGGUGACUCAACUUAGAAAAAUUGUUUCGAGAUGAUAACUCAAGAACGCUUACGCCUAGGAUCAUGAAACUUCAUAGGUACAUUGAUCAUGACUCGCAGAUGACCCCUAUUGACUUUCAGGUCACUAGGUCAAAGGUCAAGGUCACGGUGACUUGAUACAGUAAACAUGGUUUCCGGAUGAAAACACAAGAAAGCUUACACCUAGGAUCAUGAAACUUCAUAGGUACAUUGAUCAUGACUCGCAGAUGACCCCUAUUGAUUUUCAGGUCACUAGGUUAAAGGUCAAGGUCACAGUGCCAAAAAACGUAUUCACACAAUGGCUGCCACUACAACUGACAGCCCAUAUUUUUUUAUUUAUUUAUAGUUAUAUAUUUAUUGUGCCCCCCUUCAAAAAAGAGGGGGUAUAUUGUUUUGCACAUGUCGGUCCGUAUGUACGUCAACCAGAUAGUUUCUGGAUGAUAACUCAAUAACGCAUAGGCCUAGGAUCAUGAAACUUCAUAGGUACAUUGAUCAUGACUCGCAGAUAACCUAUUGAUUUUGAGGUCACUAGGUCAAAGGUCACGUUGACCCGAAAUAGUAAAAUGGUUUUCGGAUGAUAGCUCAAGAACGCUAAUGCCAAGAUUAUGAAACUUCAUAGGUACAUAGAUCAUGACUCGCAGAUGAUACCUAUUGAUUUCAGGUCACUAGGUAAAAGGUCACGGAGACCUGAAAUAGUAAAAUGGUUUCCAGAUGAUAACUCAAGAACACUUAUGCCUAGGAUCAUGAAACUUCAUAGGUACAUAGAUCAUGACUCACAGAUGACCCCUAUUGAUUUUCAGAUCACUAGGUCAAAGGUCAAGGUCACGGUGACCCGAAAUAGUAAAAUGGUUUCCGGAUGAUAACUCAAGAACGCUUAUGCCUAGGAUCAUGAAACUUCAUAGGUACAUUGAUCAUGACUCGCAGAUGACCCCUAUUGAUUUUCAGGUCACUAGGUCAAAGGUCAAGGUCAUGGUGACCCAAAGCAGUAAAAUGGUUUCCGGAUGAUAACUCAAGAACGCUUGGGGCUAGGAUCAUGAAACUUCAUAGGUACAUUGAUCAUGACUCGCAGAUGAACCCUAUUAAUUUUCAGGUCACUAGGUCAAAGGUUAAGGUCACGGUGACUCAACUUAGAAAAAUGGUUUCCGGAUGAUAACUCGAGAACGCUUAUGCCUAGGAUCAUGAAACUUUAUAGGUACAUUGAUCAUGACUCGCAGAUGACCCCUAUUGACUUUCAGGUCACUAGGUCAAAGGUCAAGAUAACGGUGACUUGACACAGUAAAAUGGUUUCAGGAUGAUAACUCAAGAAAGCUUACGCCUAGGAUCAUGAAACUUCAUAGGUACAUUGAUCAUGACUCGCAGAUGACCCCUAUUGAUUUUCAGGUUACUAGGUCAAAGGUCAAGGUCACCGUGCCAAAAAACAUAUUCACACAAUGGCUGCCACUACAACUUACAGCUUAUAUCGGGGGCAUGCAUGUUUUACAAACAGCCCUUGUUUCAAUAUAAAUUAAAAUAUAUAAAUUAUACAAAUUAUUUAUAUUAUUUAUUUAUUUUAACAAAUAUUUCUUUAUGAAUGUUUUUCAAAUCCAUUACUGUUAAUUGACUUUAUUUAUAUUGGCGCAAUUGCAAGCAUAUAAUUUAUUAUCAUAUUUUUUGUUUUCACAUAAAUGUAUUAUCCUAACUAUUUUGCUUGUUAUUGUGCAAUAUAUAAUAUUUGUGAUACUAUGUAAAUGUGUUUGUAAACUAAUGCAUUCCUUUUGUUAUGAAAUCCAAAUACUUAUUCUGACCAACUUAUGUUUUUAAAAUGAUUCUUUUCAUAACGAGUUAAGCCAUUACAAAGCAUUAUUCCCUAUGCUGUUGGUGUUAUAACCCAUAAUGUAAGGGAAAUCUUACUUCAGGCAAGCAGUAAGAUAUGAUCAUAUUCACAGAUGUUCACAAGGAUUUACUAAAUCUAAGUAAAAAAAUGUGCGGCAUGCCAAAUUUUCACCUGAUUUCAUGACAAUGUGGACUUAAUGUUUAGGCUAAGUCUGAUAACUAACCAAAUCUUCACUUGACUAUUUUAUGUAACUUAUUGCUUUAACCUAAAGAGUGCAUAACUCUAUACAAAAUAGCUUCUCUUGUUGCUGUUUACCAAUGUUUUGUUGCUGUUUGCCAAUGGUUUUUGCUGAUUAUUGUAUACAGUGUAAGCACUAUAUUAAUGAGAUUUUUGUUACCAGAUCUUCAACUAUUUUUAAUGAGCAUCAACCAAUCUUGAUGAAACUUUGUAUAUAGCUUGCAUGGAGACCUACAUGUAGCAUGGCAUUGUAAUUUGGGGGGGGGGGGGGGGUACAGUUAAAGGUCAAGGUUUAAGUUAUUAAAAAUAGAAAAACCUCAUAUGCUAAAUAACUUCAGUUUUUAUAGAUGUUUUGUGCUGCUUUUUGUGUGUAGAUAGCUUACAUGCAUACCUAGAAUUGGAUUGCAUUUGGAGCCAGUCAGGUAAAGGUCACAGACAUGGCUUAUAAACAUGAAAAUGGUUUCUGGCAAAUAACUCGGUGUUUAUAGAGGCAUGCACUGCUUAUAUGCAGACCAACCAAAGCUGGUCGUUUGGGGCCAGUCAGGAAACUGUCAAUGUCACUAUAACAUAAAACAGAAAAAUAUGUUUUCUGAUCAAUAACAAUAGUUUUGAUGGAAGUAUUGAGCAAUUAUUUUGUUUGUAUGUAGCUUAUAAGCAGACUUAUCUUUCAAGCGCUAAAUUAUUUGAAUUGCACUAAACCUGAUUCAAUGGUGUUGCAAUAUUUCUUGUUCACCUGACCUCAAUGUUGUUUUUAUCCAUAACAACAUAUACAACAAAACAUUUCUCUCAAUUAUACAUGUAUCUCAACCGAUUUCAUACACGAAUCUGCUCUUUUGAAAAGCAAUGGGGCUAGGGACAGGGCUUUUUUCAAUAUGUGGCCAUACUAAAAAUUGUUCAAAGCCUGAGAAUACUCUAAUGGCAAAUAUUCUUUCCAAUCUCCUUUGAACUUGGUAGCAACAUUUGUCUCCAAUGAUAUCUCAGAGUAAGCACCGUAACCUGGGGACACAAACAAGAUCACUCUGUUGAGUUGAAGUAAAAUGUGAACAUCUCUCAACAAAAUUGACAACUUGGCUGCCAGGAGUUGGGCGUUACUACUUUUGGAUGCUUUUAUUAGGUAUAUAUUUUCUAAGUUUAUAUAACCAUUAUAGAACAUUUGUUGUUUCAAAACCACUUUAAUGCCAUCUAUAUUGUUUUGUUUUCAAAGCUUUUUAUUCACAGAUCUGAGAUCUGGCUCAUUUUGUUUUGUUUAAUAUUUACUAGUCACUUAAAUGUUAUUACAAAAUCUAUGCCAAUUAUUUAUUGAUUUUUAAUGUUUAUACUUUGUAUUGUAAAACGUAAGUAUAGAUGUUUAUUCAUAAAUCUUCUGCUUUAGAUACAUUGGCAGUCAUGGCAACUUGACUUUUUAUUUAGCUCACCUGAGCACAAGGUGCUCAUGGUGAGCAUUUGCUAUCCCCUUUUGUCCGUAGUGUGUCGUUAACAUAUACCUUGUUAACACACUAGAGGUCACAUUUUUUCACAUCUUGAUUGGGGCAUUUUUCCUUAUAUGGCUUAAGCGAAACCUCGUUAACACUCUACAAGUCACAUGUAUACAUGUAGUCCAGCCUAAAUGAAACUUAGUCAGACCAUGUGUUCUAACGACUUCUCAGUCGAGGUCGGAAAUUAUUCUGGUUUGUUGAAAAACAUGGCUGCUAGGAGCUGGGGCAGUUUUCCAUAUAUAGCAAUAGUGAAAACUUGUUGACGCUUUAUUAGCCAAUAUUCAUGACUUGGUAAGAAUAUUUGUCCCAAUGAAAUAUCGUCUGACGUUGAUACUGAUUCAUGUUAGCUCAAAAUCUAGGUCAAUAGGUAAAAAACAACAACACGUUUCUAGUCUAGAAGUCACUUUUUUUUAUCUGAAGUUCCCAGUACUUUCUCAGAAUAGUCUAGUUCCUUUGAGUCUUAGGUAAGCAUCUUAGUGCCUAUGGCCCUCUUUUAGCUCAGCUGUUUUCGGAGAAAACCCGAGUUAUUUCAUAGCCAGCUAAUCGUGUCGUGUCAUCCACCGUAGGUGUCGUGCUAAAACCUUAACAUUGGCUCUAAAAUCAAAGUGCUUCCACCUGCAACUUUGAAACUUCAUAUGUAGCUGCACCUUGAUGAGUUCUACACGCCACACCCAUUUGUAGGUCAAAGGUCAAGGUCACUGUGACCUCUUAAAAAAAAUAAUCUGGCAAGCUUUCAUUUAUUCCAAACUGCACCCGCAGCUGAGCGUUGCCACCCGUUAUGUGGUGCUCUUGUGUAUAGAAAUUAUUCACUUGCAGUAUUGAGACAAGCUUUAUUGCACUGUAUAUUUCUAUUUCAAAUACAUUUGUAUAAGAUAUUUGUAUGCAUAAUUUUUAUUCAGAAUUUUUUAUUUAGAGUAAACAAUUUUGUCAUUGUAAGACCUUUAAUUGUUUUACAGCUACAGCCUUUGUUAUAAAUGAACAAAAUAUCCAAUAACAUUAUAUUCCUAUUACUGGUAUUAAUAACUAGCCAUAUAUUUGGUACAGUUAUUCGUCUUGAUAUAAUUUAUGUAUUUUAUAUACCAAAAAUAAAAUAUUAUUACCGGUAUUACACGUGUAUACAUACAGCUAUUAUUGUAUUGACUGUUGCUGCAAUGGCUUUGAAUAGCUAUGUUAUUGUUGUUUAUACUUUCAUAAUUUAUAUUGUAUUUGUAGAUUGUUACUUUUUCUAGUCUAUAUCCUAUUACUUGUGAUCUGUGUUUCUUAUCUGACAUAUUGUUGUGCAUGUCAUUGUUUUUUAUUGUGAUUAAUUGUAGUUUUAUUGAGCUUUUCUGUGUUUUAUCUUCUUUUACCUAUGUUGAAAACAUGUUGUGUAGUUGUUAUUCACAGAUAAACUAUAAAAGACAAAA